AUGAGUAAUUCCGUGGCUCCAGACGAAGAUUGGUCGAUUAUCUCGUCGUCUUCUGACUUUGAGGAUGAAACCGUGUCAGAGGUUUCUGUUCGAGAAGAAUCGGGUAAUUCAACCCCUUCUGACAAUGCCAGUGUUACCAACGACAUAGAUGAGUCCACCUGUACAAUCCAGAAUGGUGUGAAUCACGAUGAUAGUGGUCAGAAUGACGAUAAGACUAGCAAUGAGAAUUCUACUUUGGGCCACUUUGAUACCGAGUCAACUUCGACCUUCAUUGUUCAGCCAUGUGCCAUUAUCAAUGUUCCAGAACCGUUGACAGACAAAGACCAAGAACAUGAUCGAGUUGCAGAACAAAGCGUUGAAACUGAUGGACAAAACACUCAAGCUCACAAACAGAAUGCAGAAGUUAAGGAUGUCGUCGCUUUGGGUGCAAAGGAAAAGUCCAAAUGCGCCAGCGAUUGUGGCGUUGUCAGAGCCGCCACCAUGGUCUUUGCCACGUUCUAUUGCGUAGACCAGUAUAUUCGAUUUUUGUCUCGGAAGCUCUUUGGUCCCAUCUGGGCUAAACCUUUGCGUUCGCUCAAAAGAGACGUUGCUGCUGCUGGAACACUUAAUAUUCCCUUGUAUAAGCAUGCAAUUUACCUGGUGCUUUCCACAUUGGAGAGAAACCAGGAUUUCUUGCUCUACUACAUGGCAGCGUCUGCCGGACUCGUCGUGACAUUCAACAAAGUUGCACCUGCUCCAGUAGUUGAUUCGUCCUCGUAUUCCUCGAGGUUGCAACUGUUGUGGAUGCAGACGAUGUACGAACCCGAAGAAACUGGUUUUGGACGCUUCUUCCAUGCGGCCAAGCCCAAGCAGUUGAAGGCGGCUCGAUAUAUGAGUGGCGCCACCACUCUGGCAUCCAGAUUGGUCGAAGACUCCUACAAAUUCUUGCUAGUGAAGUCCGAUUGGGUGGAGUCAAGAUUGGCGCUGCUUCUGUCUACAAGGUUCUGGGUAAAGUCCUCAGAAAACGUUGCCAAAAUCAGUACCUGGAUGUCUGACACCAGACUGAGAUUCGUAUUUGUUGGGGAAAGACUAGCAGCUAAAGUCUUGUCACAGACAGGGCCAGUUGAACAGACUCUCCUUGAUGGGUGGAACAAUGUUUCAACGUGGCUGGUUUCCACUAUGGACGCAACUCAAAGAGCAUUUGACAAGUAUAUUGUUCCUUCUACAGAAGUUGCGUCUGCUCACGCGGCGCAUUGGCUUGGAGAAGCCAAACAAGUUUCUGCCGCCUGGGUCAAGAAUUCUUGGUUGCACACGAAGCAAGUCAGUCUGGAUCUUGAAAUUCAGCUUCGGCCAUUCACACAAUAUGUUGUACAACAAUCGCACAGCAUCUUUGAGAAGGCAAGAGUGGAGUCACAAGUUGCAGCCAUCAACGCCAACCGAUUCCUUGCAGAGUGGAGAAAUGUCUCGACAGUAUACGGACAAAAGGCAUGGUAUAGAGCGCAGAACGUCAUCAAGGACUGGCACCUGGCGGAUAUCUAA